GCUAUGUUCCGUCGACGAUCCUAGCGCUUACACUAGCUUGUAGAACCACCUUACUUCCCCAACUCGCUCAUCUUAGAAUCUGAAGUUCUUUCCAGUAUGUUAGCCUCAACAUCUGGUAGGCUUACAGCGCGCAACCUACGCCGUUACCUUCGACCCAGUCAAAGGUCGCGUCAAAUCUCAACGUACAACGUUGAUAUAGCAGGGCUCACGGAAGAGCAGGCUGAGUUCCGAAAUGCAGUAACCGAGUUUGCCGAACGAGAGGUUGCCCCGCGUGCUGCACAGAUCGACAAGAGCAACAACUUCCCUUCUGAUGUUUGGGAGAAGCUUGGUAACAUGGGCUUGCUCGGUAUCACCGUUUCGCCAAAGUAUGGUGGUUUGGGCCUUGGGUACUUCCACCACACAUUGGCAAUGGAAGAGCUUUCUCGUGCUUCUGGCUCGGUUGCACUGUCAUACGGCGCGCAUUCGAACCUUUGCGUGAACCAAAUUCAUCGUCAUGGCACAGAAGCUCAAAAGCAGAAAUACCUCCCUGACUUGAUCGCUGGGAAGAAAGUAGGCAGUUUGGCUAUGAGCGAGCCUGGGAGCGGGAGUGACGUAGUCAGCAUGAGUUUAAGGGCAGAUAAAAUAGACGGUGGUUGGAAGCUGAAUGGGAACAAGUUCUGGAUUACCAAUGGACCCACAGCAUCAACACUAGUUGUUUACGCCAAAACUGCUCCUGAGAGAGGGUCCAAGGGCAUCACUGCGUUUAUCAUCGAGAAAACGUUCAAAGGCUUUUCCACGCAUCAAAAGCUUGAUAAAUUCGGCAUGAGAGGCAGUGAUACUUGCGAACUUGUCUUCGAGAAUUGCGAAGUCCCGGAAGAAAAUAUACUUGGCCAGGUUAAUAAAGGUGCGGGGGUCUUGAUGUCCGGGCUUGACCUUGAACGCCUUGUUCUGAGCGGCGGUCCCUUGGGUCUGGCGCAAGCUGCAUUCGACUAUGCAGUGGAAUAUGUUCAUGAUCGCAAGCAAUUUGGACAACCUGUGGGAACAUUUCAAUUAAUGCAGGGCAAGAUUGCGGAUAUGUAUACAAACAUUAAUGCAAGCCGCGCGUAUGUCUAUGCUGUUGCAAGAGCGUGUGACCAAGGUCAAAUCAGUCGUCGAGACUGCGCUGGCGCCAUCCUCUACUCCACCGAGAAAGCCAUAGAGGUCGCGCUGGAAGGCAUGCAAUGCCUUGGCGGUAAUGGAUAUAUCAAUGAUUAUCCUAUGGGUCGCAUCUUACGCGACUCUAGGUUGUAUGCAGUAGGCGCCGGGACUCAAGAGAUAAGGAGGAUGUUGAUAGGACGCGAGUUCAAUGAGCAGUUCAAAUCAUCAUGAUACCUCAGUUAUACCAAGCUGCUUUCGGAUAGUAGUUCGGACUCGUCAUCCCCGGCGCGGACAAUAUCGUGUGUGGGUAGUAUGACAGGCACGCAGAAGAAUUUUUGGACGAGCAAUGACUUUGAAUCUGACAGUGUUCCAUCGUAUUGAUUUACUGUAUUCGACCUUAGGUUCAUCACAGCGUCGCCGACGAACCUAAAAUUGUGACAUCUGGUUCUCUCGUAUUUUUCUGUGAGAUACAACAAAUUCUAACUAGUGCGAAUCAUAAUGUCCGUA